GCUCACGUUUCCUCCUCCCUCCCCCGUCGCACAUUUUCUUUUCUUGGUUAUAGUCAUUCAAGUCCAUUCAUCAUAAUGUGGAGACCAGCGACUCGUCAAAUUACUGGUACGAAUGACGUCCCUCUUGGGAAUCGCCGCCGUUUUGGCCCUGCGCCCAGCGAGGAGAGUCUUCCACCGCAACUCGCUCAGCCGUCUCCAUCUGCCUAUCCUCGUCCCCAAGAAAGUCCUAAAAGAGGCCGCGAUGACACCCCAUCCAACGAUCCGAAGGCUCCUCAUUCACGCUAACGCUGAUAUGACACUAAUUACGUUUUUAUUCUCACUUUUUGCGACAUAUAGUGGAUCCAAUGCACCCCGCAAGCGUCGCAGUCGUUGGGGUGAUGCUUCCACGGAGAUUCCUGGCCUUCCUACCGCAAUCUCCGCUACUGGCGUUUCUCAAGCACAGCUGGACAACUACGCGAUCCAUCUUCGCUUAGAAGAAAUUAACCGAAAGCUGCGGCUGAACGAUUAUGUUCCACCCGAGCGAGAGCGGUCCCCCUCCCCCCCUCCCACGUAUGAUGCCCACGGUCGCCGAACCAACACGCGAGAAGUGCGGUACCGCAAGAAACUUGAGGAUGAACGUAUCAAACUUGUCGACCGCGCCAUGAAGAAUGAUCCAAACUUCCGACCUCCGGUCGAAUACCAUCAGCAAAAGCGCUCGCAGCGACCUUCCGAACGAGUGUACAUUCCCGUCAAGGAGUUCCCAGAAAUCAAUUUCUUUGGGUUGCUGGUGGGACCUCGCGGCAAUAGUUUGAAGAAGAUGGAGAGAGAAAGCGGAGCCAAGAUCAGCAUUCGUGGUAAGGGCAGUGUCAAGGAAGGCAAGGCACGACCCGACCAAUAUGCGGACGAUGCUGAAGAGGAUCUUCACUGUUUGGUUAUCGCGGAAACCGAGGACAAGGUGGUAGCCUGUGUGAAGAUGAUCAACAGAGUCAUUGAGACCGCCGCUUCGACGCCCGAAGGUCAGAACGACCACAAGCGCAACCAGCUCCGCGAGCUUGCUGCUCUGAAUGGCACUCUCCGCGAUGACGAAAAUCAAGUGUGCAAGAACUGCGGUGGUGUCGGUCACCGCCAGUACGAGUGCCCAGAGCAGAAAAACUUCACUGCCAACAUCGUCUGUCGGGUCUGUGGCAGCGCUGGUCACAUGGCACGCGACUGUACCCAGAACAAAGACGCCAACAUUUCCAAUUUGUCUCAAACCGGUCGUGCUUUUGACUCGGAAUAUGCCAAUCUCAUGGCUGAACUCGGCGAAGGCCCAGUGGAACCCCUACCAAUGGCGCACCCCAAGCUUGGUCGGGUGGUGCAACCGAUAUCACUGGCGGCGGAUCGAACAUUCCACCCUGGAGACGACCAGAGUCGUGGCAAAAACUAACCAGCCUCAGAACAACGGUUAUCGUCCUCCCCAGCCCGGUUAUGGCGGUUAUGGCGGAUACCAGCCAGGGUCUGCUUGGGCAGGUUAUAAUCAGGGCGGUUACGGUCAACAACAGGGCUAUGGCCAACAGGAUCAGAGCAACAGCAAUUACGCUUCUUACUACCAAGGCCAAUAUCAGCAAGCCAGCUAAUUCAUUUGCACUCAUGACCUCUCCUCUUCCGUUCUAACGUUCCGAAACAACCACUAAAACACAGUUGCACUUUCUCACAUACUCUCAGCUCGUUCAGGUGUAGUAUUUAUGUUGGCGUGGUUUUGGCAAGAAUGUCGCGGUUUACUUACCAGCCAGCUGACCUUAACAGCCUCGUAGUACGUCUUGUCGUCUGUAUUAGAGUGUAAAUCAUCAAAUAUCGCAGUAGUGCGUGAUUCGAGUCAACGUUCUUGAGUGGCUGUGUCGCCUUUUUAUCUUUCUUUCUUCGGACUGUCAUGAUCAUUCCAGUACGGUGCUUCUCAUGCGGGAAAGUCAUCGGGGACAAAUGGAACACGUAUCUGGAUUUGCUAGGAAGCGACAGGUCGGAAGGUGAUGCUCUCGACGAGCUGCAGCUGAAGCGAUACUGCUGCCGGAGGAUGGUGUUGACGCAUGUGGAUCUCAUCGAAAAAUUGUUACAUUACAACCCGAUGGAGCGGACAAAGGACAAAUCUCAGUACUACCAACAUGACUUUUGCUCUCUCACGAUGUGUACUACCAGUUCCGACCUCUUGCAUCGACUCGUGUUCAGUGGCGAGAGCGUUU